AAAUAAAAUUAAAAUAUGGUAAGGAUAAUCUUGUAUUUUCAAAACAGUUUUUUGCAGAAGUUCCAAACUCUUUUUAUUGAUUUUCCUUUUCUUGAGUGAUGGCAACCCAACUGAGUGGAUUUCCAUACAAUUUAAUGGGCCGUGAGAAUUAAAAGGUUGCAUGAUGUAAAAUACAUGGAUAUGCUCAUUUAUGUUUCCAAAAAUUAAAAUAGAAAACAAUAAAUGAAAUAAAAAUGAGCAAUGCUUUGGAUAAAAAAUUAGUCUAUCAUACCAAAGUGACCAAAACUCUUAUGUUUAUCACAUUUAGCUUCCUAUCACUAAAUUCAGGUAAUUAAGUUUCGGUCAAAGUGGUUCGAUGACAACAUUUUCAAUUAUUCAAUAGUUAAAUGUGAUAAAAUAAAACUAUGUUUUUAUUAUGUUGCCAUGUAAUUUGAUUAUCCUACAUUUUUUUUUUGGUAAUUAAAUCACCACAUUUAUUUUUAUUAAAAAAAUAUGUAUAUCCUUGCAUUUUUCUACCUGUCUAGAAAAUGAAAGGAUAUCAAUUUGGUAAAACAUUUAUUAAUAUGCAUUUUAUUCCACAUAACAUAGAAAGUAAUUAAAUACCGAACCAAACAAGUUGGUAAAAAAAAAGAAAAAUUAUUUUUGAGCAACAAAUUAAAUCAAGUUAAAUUAGUUGCCUCUUUACACAUUUCCCUAACCCUCUAUUUAAACCACACUGUUUCUCCAACACUACCACUAAAUAAAGAAGAAGCAUUUCUUACAAUUUCCAACAAAUAAUAUAAAACCAAUUUUCAUUUCUUACAAAAUUCCACCAUGAUGAAUCUUCGUAAGCGAACUAGAGAACCUCAUGUCCCGUCUCCGAACCUCCCCCAUCUUCCAUACGACGUCGUGGCGAUGAUACUCAGCUUUCUAGACAUCAAGCAGUUGGCCCAAUCCGCCGUCGUAGCCAAGUCGUUUCGUGACUGCCUCAAGCUAGGUCAAUUGCUGGACUUCAAGCAGCCCAUCUUUAAGAAAUUGGUUCGAAAGAGGGUCUACGUUCCUUUUGUGGGCCGUAUCAUUGACCAGCACAAAGGGCCCAAGAUCCAGUCGCUAAAGCUCUGGUUUGACCCGAUCAAUACCGAAGAGCACUGGGCCAUGGUUGCGGGCUGGAUCAAUAAGGCGGCUCAAAAAGGGGUUGAGGAGUUCGACUUUGACUUCUACUAUGGCCCUCAGGUGUUCUUGUUAACAGAUGAGAUCUUCCAAAUAAAGACUCUGCAGAUCCUUCGAUUGUCUUACUGCGACAUCGUGUUGCCGGAGCCGGAAACCAAUUUCGCGGUCACGGGGCUCCCGUGCCUCCGCGUCCUCUCAUUCGGGAACAUGGACAUCCAAAACAUGACCGUCGUCGAGGCUAUUUUGAAAGCCUGUUCGAAGCUGGAGACUCUCGAGCUUCUCCAUUGUUUCUUCCCUAGGUACCUCAAGAUUGAUGCCUGGCAUUUGAAGAACUUUAAAGAGUGUAAGCUCGUAACCUGUCCUAAGAUCGUUGAGGUCGCCGUCGAUGCGCCCAACUUGAUGACACUGCACUAUUCUGGGCCGAUGGUGGUAUUUAAAUACACGAAUUUUGAUAAGCUGACUGAUUGCAUUAUCGAUUUCAAGCCCAACAGGGUGUAUUAUUCGAUCGGGGUUUACAAGCUCGACCAGCUAAUGUAUGACAUGUCAAACAUUGAGGUUCUGACCACCUCAAGCAGACUGUUGGAGGGAUUGUGCCCAAGAGGUUCUCAUGGCGAAAAUACUAUCGUCAAUUUCUUCUGUUUCUCGAAACUCAAGGAAAUCCAGUUACUGAUGGAAGGAUCGAGAUACUGCGGUCUCUUCGCAAUCGCAUCAUUCCUCCAGAAGUGUCCUUCCGUCGAGAAGAUUCACAUACAUUGUCGUGGUUGGUUCAGGACGGACAACGUGAUCAGCCGGAGCAGCAGGCCAGGCGGCUUCACAUGGGUGCUGCAACAGCAGUUCCUCGUGAAACGAGGCAUCGGCCCGUGCUACCCGAACCUGAAAGUGGUCAAGCUGACCGGUUUCAGGUUCGCCCCGCACGAGAUGCAGCUCUUGAUCCACUUCCUCGUGACCGGGCUGAGCCUGGAAACUGUGGCCAUCUUCCUUCCUUCCCCUCGCAGCGUCAAUGGGCCGUUCAAAUUCAUGGACGAGACCAGGCUGAACCAGUACUUCCGGCCCGCGAUGGCCUCUCCCAAAGCGAGGAUUCGGGUCUUUGAGCAUUUUCAGGACAAGCUGUUCUGCCCUUCCAAGCAUCCUACGAAGUGGCACAGUCGGCCUUAGUUGAAGAAGGAGAGAAAGCGGAAUCGGGUCAUAUAGUUUUGGUCAGUUUGGAGAGUACAAAUGUACAAUCUUUUAGUUUUCCAGUUUGGUUUGUUUUAAGGAUUUGGACAUGUUUUGUUUGGAGGAUUAUGGUGAUGUUAUGUUGGGAUUUUAUGUUUUUAUGAUGAAUUUAAUGUUAUGGGUCUUGUGCUCAUUUGUUAUGAGUAUAUCUGAUGUGUUUGUUUUUUUUCUAAAUUGUUAGUGUAACGUCUCGAAACUUUUCCCGACAAGAUGUUGUCCACUUUAAGUCUAGGUUCUCAUAGUUUUUUUUUUUGUGUGGUGCAUACAUAGUGACUUUUCUCUAUAAGAUCAUCCAUCAUUAUAGUACUUUACAGUGAACACGUUUAACUUUGGAGUUCUUACAAUAACAUUUUCUUUUCACCUCAAUCUGGGCAGGUUAUAAUAUAUUGUAUUGAUUUUUUAAAAUUUUUAUUCUUUUUUUAGUGAUGACAUUGACAGAAACAAUUGAGUGGGUGCCCUUACAAUUGAAUAGGGGCUGUGAAAAUCAAAACGUAGCCUUCACAGAAUAAUGAGUAUGGUUUUUA